AUGUUUUCUACUUUUUUAUCACAGGGGCACAAGGAAUGGGUGACAGAAGUGAAUGUUCUGGGCAUUGUGGAGCAUCCGAAUCUGGUGAAACUAGUGGGAUACUGUGCUGAUGAUGAUGAAAGAGGAAUCCAGAGGCUUCUGGUUUAUGAAUAUAUGCCCAACCGAAGUCUGGAACACCAUUUAUCACCAAGGUCAGAAACACCUCUGGCAUGGAAUAGGAGGUUGAAAAUAGCCCAAGAUGCAGCUCGUGGCUUAACAUACCUGCAUGAGGAAAUGGAAUUUCAGAUAAUUUUCAGAGAUUUCAAAUCUUCAAAUAUCCUUUUGGACGAGCAGUGGAAUGCAAAGCUGUCAGACUUUGGGCUAGCAAGAUUGGGACCAUCUGAUGGGUUAACUCAUGUCUCAACAGCGGUUGUAGGAACAAUGGGUUAUGCAGCUCCAGAAUAUGUUCAAACCGGACGUCUCACAUCAAAGAGUGAUGUAUGGAGCUACGGUGUCUUCCUUUAUGAACUCAUUACUGGCCGGCGUCCUAUUGACAGAAAUCGCCCUAAGGGUGAGCAGAAGAUGUUGGAAUGGGUUAGACCAUACCUUUCAGAUGGGAGGAAAUUUCAAAUAAUAUUGGAUCCAAGACUUGAGAGGAAACACAUUUUCAAGUCAGCACAAAAACUUGCCAUAAUAGCCAACAGAUGCUUGGUCAGAAACCCAAAGAAUCGCCCAAAGAUGAGUGAAGUGUUACAAAUGGUGACUCAGGUUGUGGAGUCUUCAUUGAGUACUAAUCCACAGCCACCCUUGAAGAGUGUUGUAGCCUCAGAAGAAGCUUCUCAGGGUACUAAAACAGUGAACAAGAAAAUUACCAUGGAUCAGAAAUCAGAUUGUAAUUGGCUAAGGAUGUGGAGGGCAAAACUGUUAAGAGCAUGUUGA